AGAGCCCUCUACAGGGACGUCAUGCAGGAGAACUACGAGACGGUGACCUCGCUGGGAUUUCCCCUUCCCAAACCUGACCUGAUCACCCGGCUGGAACGAGGGGAAGAGCCGUGGGUGCCCGAUCUCCAGGCCUGUGAGGAAAGAGGGAUCCCGAGAGGCACCCACACAGGUGACGAGAGAAUGAGUGAGACCGAGGAGGAGAAUCAGCAGAAGGAAGUUACUGGGCACGGGGAAUCACAGGGGACCUCUGUGGGAAGACCCCAUAAGUGCUUAGACUGUGGAAAGAGUUUCAUGUGGUGGUCACACCUUAUUUUACAUCAGCGAAUCCACACGGGAGAGAAACCCCACAAGUGCUUAAUCUGUGGAAAAAGUUUCAUACAGAGGUCAGACCUUGUUAAACAUCAAGCAUUCCACACUGGAGAGAGGCCCCAUAAGUGCUUAGACUGUGGAAAAAGUUUCAUACAGAAGUCACACCUUGUUGCACACCAGGCGAUCCACACUGGAGAGAGACCCCAUCAGUGCUUAAUCUGUGGGAAAAAUUUCAUACGGAGGUCAGCCCUUCUUAUACAUCAAGCAGUCCACACUGGAGAGAGACCCCAUAAGUGCUUAGACUGUGGAAAAAGAUUUAUACAGAAGUCACACCUUGUUGCACACCAGGCGAUCCACACUGGAGAAAGACCCCAUAAGUGUUUAAUCUGUGGAAAAAGUUUCAUACUGAGGUCAGCCCUUGUUUCACAUCAGAGAAUCCACACUGGAGAGAGACCCCAUAAGUGCUUGGACUGUGGAAAAAGUUUCAUACGGAGGUCAACCCUACGUGAUCAUCAGGCAAUCCACACAGGAGAGAGAUCCCAUAAAUGUUUGGACUGUGGGAAAAGUUUCACACAAAGAUCAAAUCUUACAGCACAUCAGGCAAUCCACACUGGCAAGAAACUCCAUAAAUGCUUAAUCUGUGGAAAAAGUUUCAUACGGAGGUUAGCCCUUGUUAAACAUCAAGCAGUCCAUACUGGAGAGAGGCCCCAUAAAUGCUUAGACUGUGGAAAAAGUUUCAUACACAGGUCAACCCUACUUAAUCAUCAGGCAAUCCACACUGGAGAGAGACCUCACAAGUGCUUAGACUGGGAGAAAAGUUUCAUAUGGAGGUCAACCCUACUUGAUCAUCAGGCAAUCCACACAGGAGAGAAAUCCCAUAAAUGUUUGGACUGUGGGAAAAGUUUCACACAAAGAUCUAAUCUUAUGGCACAUCAGGCAAUCCACACAAGAGAAAGACCCCACAAAUGCUUAGACUGUGGAAAAAGUUUCAUACAGAGGUCACACCUUGUUGUACAUCAGGCAAUCCACACUGGAGAGAGACCCUAUAAAUGCUUAAUCUGUGGGAAUAGUUUCAUACGGCGGUCAGCCCUUCUUAUACAUCAUGAAGUCCACACCGGAGAGAGACCCCAUAAGUGCUUAGACUGUGGAAAAAGUUUCAUACAGAGGUCAGCCCUUGUUAAACAUCAGAUAAUCCACACAGGAGAGAAAUCCCAUAAAUGUUUGGACUGUGGGAAAGGUUUCACACAAAGAUCAAAUCUUAUGGCACAUCAGGCAAUCCAUACUGGAGAAAGACCCCAUAAAUGCUUAAUCUGUAGGAAAAGUUUCACACAAAGAUCAAAUCUUACAGCACAUCAGGCAAUCCACACUGGCAAGAAACGCCAUAAAUGCUUAAUCUGUGGAAAAAGUUUCAUACGGAGGUCAACCCUACUUAAUCAUCAGGCAGUCCACACUGGAGAGAGACCUCAUAAGUGCUUAGACUGUGCAAAAAGUUUCAUACGGAGGUCAGACCUUAGUUUGUGGUAA